GUCUCAAAGCCUAGAUAUCACAGUCCCGCUCAUGGAAGAAACACGUUCCCCAGACCCUCAUCACAUUGUCCUGUACGAUAUACCUUCCAUUAUUCCUGGAAGGCCAUGGUCUCCGAACACGUUGAAGGCUAGAUACACUCUGUCUUUCAAGAGAAUCCCCUUCCGCACAGUCUGGGUCGAGCUCCCAGAUAUCGAGAAGACUAUCAAGGCACUCGGCGGAGAGCCUACGAGUGUUGUGGGAGGAAGAUCCAUGUACACCCUUCCUGUCAUCAAGGAUCCGUCCACGGGCACCGUCAUCUCCGACUCGUUCAAGAUUGCGCAGUACCUUGAUGCCACUUACCCUUCUCUACCUCGCGUUCUGCCCGACAAUACUGCCGCCCUUGUAGCAGCAUUUGACGCGGCAUUUCUUCAAACGCUCAUGCCUGUCGCUCUUUUCGGGGUGGCGAUGGCUGCAGAUGGGCUCAAUCCUGUCAGCAAGGCAUAUUACCUCGCUACGCGUGCUCGACGCUUCGGUCCAGACUUUGAGAAGGCGUUCACAGUUGGAAAUCCAAAGCGUGACGAGGCCUGGAAGGCGCUGGAGCAAGUGUUGAGUAAUGUUGACAGGUGGUAUGCGGCUGGUAGCGGGUGCUACUUGAUGGGAGAUUCACCAUGUUUUGCGGACUUCAUUGUCGCUGGAAGGGUCAAGUGCAUGCAGUACGUGGUUGACGAAGAUAUGUGGGGAAAGGCUAGAGAAUGGCAUGGUGGACGGUGGGCUAGAUUGAUAGAGGACUUGGACAAGAUACUCGUAGUGUGAACUGGAGUCCAUAGUUAUACUACCAAAUUAUUCAGAUGUGAAUCAAGACACACAUACACCCUGUGCAACUGUGAUCAAAUU